UAUCAAAGUAAUGAUAUUAUAUUGCAGAUUUUUUUUUGUCCUUUUUGGUAGUUAGCUAGCUAUACAGUGACUAGUGUGGUUUACUAGGGAGGGCAUUAUUUUCUUCUAGCGUUGAAAUUCAUCUUCUUCCUUCCUUCGUUCCAUGGUACCAUUCUUUUAAAGAACCACUCUCUUCGACUUCUGACUACUAAUCAUCUGUGAUUCUGUGUCGGUUGACUUCCUUUUCCUUUCUAUCGGACACGAUUUUGAACGAUUCAAUGGGUGAAUUUAGGGUUUAAAGCUUUCUAGAGCUGAAAACCAGUUGCAUUGGGUAGCUUAUAGCCAAUCAUCUGAUUAAGGUGAAGAUUUUCUAUAAAGCUUUGUUAGAAAAAAUGGGAUGCUUUGCAUCAACGCCCAAAGACACUGGUGGGAACAGAAGAAAGCCAACAAGCAUCGGUGAGGUUUCAGUAUACGUACCCGGUUUAAGGAUACCGAGACCUGUUGAGUUUUCACAAGCAGUUGGUGAUCAGUUGCCAAAGACUCUAGUGGAACGCUUGACAGCUUUAAGAACGCGUAUAGUAGUGAUGGCUAAUCAAGAAGGUCCUACAAUAACAAGAACUAGAAGAAAGACACAACAUGGAGGUUCCACGCUCUCAGAUCUUCAUCAAGCUUUGGUAGACUAUCUUCCUGUUCUGUUGGAACUAACUAAAGACGGUAGCCAUCUACAGUUUAAAGUACAUUUUAUUUGGGUAAACCAGGAGGAUGAAGAAGAGGAAACAGCAAUGUCAAACAUUUGGUAUGAAGUUUUGUCUGUUUUGCAUCUAAUGGCAAUGCUACAAAUGUCACAAGCCAAUUUGCUGCUUCUGCCUAGAGGGUUUAGUGAUGGCCACAACCAUCCGAAAGUAUCAGAAGAAAACAGACGAGCUUCGAUCGAUAUCUUCUUAAAGGCAGCUGGAUAUCUUGAAUGUGCUGUUAAGAAUGUUCUCCCUCAGUUUUCUGCUGAGCAAAGGAGAAGUUUACCGGUUGACCUUGCGGAGGGAGUUCUACGGGCUCUUUGCUUGCAAGCACUAGGCCAGGGUGUGGAUAUCCAACUAGGCAUGGCAAUUGAUAGUUCUAAGGCCACUCUUGCAGUCAAACGAAGACUUGCAUGUGAAAUGGUUAAAUAUUGGCAGCAGGCACAAGAUAAUUUAAUGAAUCUUCCAUUGGCAAAUGGUUGGGGAGAGAAGCAUAGACUCUUCGUUAAGUGGAAGUAUGUUGAAGCCAAGGCUGCGGCUUACUACUAUCACGGUUUGAUUCUUGAUGAAGGAAACACAGAGAAAUCACAUGGCAUGGCAGUUGCUGCAUUACAAGCUGCAGAUGAAUGUUUCAAAGAAAGUAAGAAAGCAUCAGAAGCAUUCAACGCCUCUUCACCUACUUCAAGGACACCACCGCUUUUCGGCACAAUGAAGUAUCUAACAGAGAAAAUCCCGAAAGAUACUUCGAGUAAAGUCAGGAUCAACCGUGAUCUAUACUCUUAUGAAAAAAUAAUGGAGACGGCACCAACACUUCCUGAUUUCGCUUUGGCAUUAAAGCCAGAUGAGUAUCAACUUCCUCUAGUUGAAUCUACGUAAUCUGAAGAUGCUUAAAACGUUUCAAACAAUAGCAAUCGAAGAUACAGAUGUGAAGACCUUAUAGAGCAAAAGAAUGAGAGUGGUUUCCAAUGGCUGCCUGAAAAACUGGGGUUUGGAUCAGUUUACAAUGAGAGAGAUCUUUGUAUGUUAAUGUAAACCAUAUAUUUCUGCAAUAAAUUAUCAUUCUUGUUAA